AUGUUCGCGAUAAUGUCAAUGGAGACAGAGGGGCACGGCAGGGAGUUCGGCCGCCGGCAGAAGAUGCGAGCCAAAUGUACGGUCGAGUUUGUCUGCAAGUACUGCCAGCGGCGCUUCACCAAGCCCUACAACCUCAUGAUACACGAGCGCAGCCACAAGGCCGACGUGACCUUCACCUGCGAGGUCUGCGGCAAGUCCUUUAAACGCCAGGACAACCUCAAACAGCACAGGAGCAUACACUCCGUUCCCUUCAAGGGCUCCAAAGGCUACUCGAACGGCUACUCGAAUGGCUACUCUAGGUACUAGAAGCCAUCGCAAGUGCCUCCUCCCCAUCCCUCUGUCCACCUACCCGGUGGUCCAGCAUCCCCCGUCAAAUUUGUAGAUUACCAAUUUCCCGAUCCCCCUCCUUCACUCCCCACGUCCAUCGUAGUCGGACACACGCACAGUCUAUACACAUACACACAUCAUCACUCAUGUGUCCGAUAAUUGUGGUUUCAAACUCGCCACACUCACGUGCCGGCGCUGAUUGACGCGGAACCUUCUGUUUUUCUCUUAUUAUUUUAUUUCAUUUUUUUGUUCUUCCACUUCCUUCACUAUUAUUAUUAUUAUUAUUAUUAUAAAUAUAUUUUUUAAAUAAUCAACUCCCGCGCUCAUCUCGCUAGUCCAGCAGUCCCUCUUCUUCUUCCGACCCCCUUUUAUUUCUUCUUACUCAGCCUCGCCUCUCCUUUCACGUCAAAUGAUCCUCUGUUUUCAUCUCUUGCCCAACACGCGCGUAAUCAUACGUUACAAUAAUUUAAUUAAAACAAAAACAUACACCUGCCCCGCUUAUCCCACCCCAAGUGACAAAUCAACAAACAUACAAGUCCACAUUACAACCCCACCAAUGUCGUGGAAGAGGAAAUCAGCAGCAUCUCACCUACAGUGUACUUUAUCCGUACGAAAAGAAAAAAAGGAAGAGAAGGAAGAAAAAAAACACCAUCAGCAACACCAUAUACGGAGGGAUGAAGAGAAGCAAGCAAGAGCUAUAAAGACACCGCCGCAAGCCCGGGGGCCAGAUCUCCGUGCACGGGCCCACCAAAUUGGACCGUGCGUGUAAUAACACCGAAGAGAGAGAGAGAGAGAGAGCGAAAACAGGUAGAGCUACCGGGGAUACGCCGCACGCGCUCGAUGAUUCGGCCCUUUUCUCGCAUAGGGGCUACCGGGGGACCACGCCCAGCCCUCCGGCGACAUAUAUAUACACACGCGUACACGGCCCACCCUCUCCCCCCACCGCCGCUGCUGCCUCUUGCAUUCGUGUUAUACAUUUGUUUGACGUCGUGUGUGCGUGUGCGUGUGUUUAAUACAGUACGAUGAUCGAGCUGUUUGCAAAGUGGUGGCGGCCCGAUACUUAUGCGAUUUCAGUAGGUAUAUGUAUACACGUACUGAUCUCGUUGUGAAAGGUGCACUGUUGAUCACUGAUGCAUGUCAAUGUUAUUAUAUUUAUUCGUCCACCGACUUGUUGUUGAAUUGUGUCCCAUACGUAUACUGUGGACCGAUGCAAGAGUUCGCGUGUAUCGUUUUAUCACUCCAGCGACAAUUGCGCAACGCCCCUUACACCCCGAGGAGCAAAUAUGUUACCCUUUACGGCUGAUUAAAGAGAAACUUAUUUGGCGUGUCAUUGUACACACACGGCGUCGACUUCGAUCGAGCGAAAAACACCGAAGAACAAAGAAUGACACGGGCGAAACCCGAUACUGUCUCGGUGUAUUUAUAUUUAUGUGUACCUAUAUACUUGUGUACUCGGACGCGACGGAGGUGCGAGCGGAAAAAGUGUCGCGCGAGAGCGAGUAUAGUGCGCAAAGUUAUUCAGCGUCCGGUCCCGGGGUGUAUCGCGUUACCAACGCGGAAACGACUAGCUCUUUUUUUUUUUCUUCCCCGGUCUCUCCGUGCGAGGGGGUGCCUUUGCACGCGCACCUUGGAUAAAGUCAACGAGACGGGGACAGAGAGGGACACGAGGGGAUCGUCCGUGUGUAAUUCAAUGGUGGAGAGAUUGUCGCAUAUGGCACGGCUUGUUUUACCUUUUUCCCCCUUUUUCGGGAUUUUUACUAGUACCGUGUGA